AUUUGUUAUUUAUUAUGUUUUUUAUUUUCUUCUUUAUCACUGCCUCUUCCAAGUCUUUUCUAACUCUUGUUUCUUUCUUAGAGGGACCUAAGAAAUAAAAUGAACAAUUGGGCUCCUCCAUUCAUAGCUGCAGCUCUAUUUUGGUUGUUGUCGCCGGGAAUGAUCUUUCAGUUGCCGGGGAAGAACUCGCCUUUCGAGUUCAUGAACAUGAAGACAACUGUGGCAUCCAUUUUUGUGCACACUGUAAUUUAUGGUCUGUUUCUCAUUUUAUUCUUCAUUGUUCUUAAUGUUCGUCUUUAUAUCUAGCAGCCAUCCACAACUUUUUUACUUUAUUUACUGUUAAGGACAUUUUUAAUUAAUUUCAUAUAUAUUAUUUCUCUUUUUACCA